AUGCAAGACGUUUCUGAAGAGCUAACUGAAGAGCUCGCCGAGUCUAUCGACUCUUGGAGGCACUCGGUUCCUAGUCGCAUGGAGCGCGAGGAUCCUUUCCUCGACGAUGGCUUCAUAGCUCGACCGAGCACUCGCGUUACGUUUCGUGAACCAGAGAGACCAAUGCGCCGUCCAUCCACUCGCCUCGCCUUCAUCCGCGCCGCCAUCCCCGUCUUCCACAGGCGGCCAGUGACCCCCUCCGACGGACUCCUCCAAGGACCGCUGAUAGAGCGCCCCGAAACCGCGCUGGGAAUCCGAGACGACGAUGGCGAUGAGGCGGCGGGAGCAAAGAACCCACGGCGGCGCAGAGGCGGCCUUUUGGGCCUGUUUAGCCGCAAGAGAAAGCAGCGCAGCCCGUCGCCGUCGCCGUCGCCGCAGGUGGUGCUGAAUGUGCCGUUGACGAUUCAUUUCUUGUUUGUGGGGGCCAAGUCGGCGGGACAGACGUCCUUGUUGUUCCGCGCGCGUUAUGGCCAAUUCCCAGACUCCAGGGCCAUUGCUCGCACCUGUUACGAGACAUAUGACACUUCGGGCGCGCCGGACUUGAACACGGUGGAGCGGCUGUCGUAUGUGCAGUGGGAUGCCAUAUUCCUGUGCUUUGACAUUCAGCAGAAGCCAACGAUGCAUGCCAUCUUGCAGUGGUGGCUCGAGGCUGUGCAGGGCGGCUUCCUCGCCCAGCAGCAUACAGAGGUGCUUCUUCACUUGGUCGGCCUGAAGAAGGACGCUCGCGACAAGUGCACGGAUCCGAGGCACAGAGUUCCAUGCCCGUUUGAUUCGGACGACUUUGUCCCGUAUCCGACCUGCUGUGUGAUCCCGUCUGAUGCUGCUUGGCAUGCUCGUCGCAUCCGAGCUCACAGGUAUCUCGAGUGUUCUGCCAUGACGGGCGAAGGGGUCGACGGUAUGCUUGAGGAUGCUGCGAGAGAGGCGACCAGACGGGCGAUUGAUAUGGCUCGCUUCAUGCAGAUGGCUCAUCCUAACAAGAGACGCAUGUUCUGAUGUACCUCGCGUUAUGCGGAUAAAGUCGUGAUUUUUUGUGAAAUUUGGGGGGUAUCAAAGGUUUGAAAGGGGGUUUAUGUGGUUGAAAGAUACGACACCUACUACAUACCAAACGAUGCCGUAUAUGACAGACGAAUCUUGCUUUCUUAUAGUCUAGGAAGAGGCCAGUAACUUUUUUUCGGAAAAGGAAAUUGUUGAAAUUGUUGAAAAUAAGAAUAAUUCGAACCAAGGACAUGUAUAUUUGAAUCAG